AAUUCAUUCGAUUUGAAGCAGAAUAUUGUUAAAGAAAGAAGGGCGAUUCCUAUUUUACAAAUUUUUUAAAAGGAGAGGAUAAAUGAUCAGAGGAGAGCAAAAAGUUAACUGUUAAUACAAUGUUUGUGAAGUUCGCAGUGUUGUUCCUUCUCCUUGCGAGAUCUGUAGCAUCACAGAAAAAUGAUCCUGAUUUCACCUACAAUGGGUUUGGAAGAGUUAACAUGAGCUUGGAUGGCGUAGCUCAGAUUACAAACAAUGGCCUCCUAAUGUUGGUAAACAGCACUAAGCAACAGAAGGGUCAUGCCUUCUACCCUCAUCCUCUUCACAUCAUGAAUUCAUCUACAGGUAGUGUUGUCUCCUUCUCCACUACUUUUGUAUUUGCCAUGUUCACUCAGUUUAUUUCACUUGGAGGUACUGCAAUGGCUUUUGUGAUCGCACCCUCUAGAGAUUUCUCAGGUGCUUUACCAGCUAGUUAUAUUGGCCUCUUCAACACCACCACCAUCGGCAAAACAUCAAACCAUGUCAUUGCAAUCGAGCUUGAUUGCAUCAAAAAUCCUGAAUUCAAUGAUAUCGAUGGAAACCAUGUAGGUGUCGAUAUCAAUGACUUGAAAUCUGUCAAAUCUGUUCCAGCUUCUUAUUAUAGUGAUCAAGAGAAUCGACAUGUGAACCUGACCCUCUUCAGUGGACAAGCUAUGCAACUUUGGGUGGAAUAUUCUGGUCCACAGAAGCAGCUUAAUGUCACUUUAGGUUCAAUUAAUGUCCCUAAACCAACUAUCCCCCUUUUGUCCAUGAACAUUGAUCUCUCUCCAUUCUCCUUAGAUCCUAUGUUUGUGGGUUUCUCUUCUUCUUCUCACACCUUUGAUGUAAACCAUUAUGUGUUGGGUUGGAGUUUUAGGAUGAACGGGAAAGCCAAAGAACUAACACUCUCCCAGCUUCCUAAGCUUCCUCGUUUCGGACCUAAAAAGAAAUCUAAAAUGUUCAGUGUUGGAGUACCUGUGAUUGUUGUUACUUUGCUGUUAGUCUUCAUCUUCAUCAUCCAAUUUGUAGUUAAAACGAAGAAAAAGUUUGCUGAAGUGCUUGAGGAUUGGGAACUGGAUUAUAGACCUCACAGGUUCAAAUAUAAAGAUCUCUAUAUCGCCACCAAAGGGUUUAAGAACAAUGAGCUUCUUGGAACUGGUGGCUUUGGUAGAGUCUAUAGAGGUGUACUACCCAGAUCCAAAGCCGAAGUUGCAGUGAAGAGAGUAUCUUACAAUUCUACACAAGGGGAAAGAGAAUUUGUUGCUGAAAUCGUCAGUAUUGGUAAAUUGCGGAAUCGGAACAUAGUACCACUCUUGGGGUAUUGCCGACGUAAAGGAGAGCUUCUUCUAGUUUAUGAUUUCAUGCCCAAUGGGAGUCUAGACAAAUUCCUCUUCGAUCACACAAAAAUAGGGAUGACAGUCAAUUGGAAUCAAAGAUUUAGAAUCAUCAAAAGCGUCGCGGCCGCGUUAUUGUAUCUACACGAAGAAUGGGAAAAAGUUGUGGUUCAUAGAGAUGUGAAGUCUAGCAAUGUCUUAAUUGACAAGGAUUUCAAUGGAAGAUUGGGAGAUUUUGGACUUGCAAGAUUAUAUGAUCAUGGAACCGUUCCUCAAACCACCCAUGUAAUGGGGACUCUUGGUUAUCUUGCACCAGAACUUUGUAGAAAUGGGAAAGCAAAACCCAGUGUGGAUGUGUUUGCAUUUGGGGUUUUUUUGCUUGAAGUUGCUUGUGGUAGGAGGCCUAUAGAGUUACAAGCAUUAGAAGAACGUGUGGUGUUGGUGGAUUGGGUGCUCUCAUGUUGGAGUAGGGGCAUGAUUCUUGAUACUGCGGAUCCAAACCUGGGAAGGGAUUAUAACGUGCAGGAAAUGGAGUUGGUGUUAAAACUUGGAUUGCUUUGCUCACACUCAAUUCCAAAUGCAAGGCCCUACAUGCGACAAGUUGUGCGGUAUUUGGAGGGGGAGGUCCCUCUAUCGGAGGUGACAUUACUUGGUCUAAGCACAACCACAAAUUACAGAACUUCUACUAGUUCUGGGGAUGUCUCUGGUCAAUGCACUAGUCUUGGGAGCGGAAUUACUCGAUCAUCAUCAGUUGCAGAAUCCAUACUUUCUGGUGGCCGAUGAUCACUCUAUUGUAAUAUAGUUUUUUGUCAAAAUUUAAAGCGAGAUUGUGCCUUGUGAGUCAAUAAUAGAUUCUUUUUUAUUUAUAA